AUCUGCAUGCUCUGAAUCUCACAGUUCUGUGCCACAUCACCCACUUCCUCCCCCCAUGUCCCACCACUCUGCUUUCAGCAUUAUCUUUAUUUCUACUUGAGGUCCUCCUGAGGACCAGCAGAUAUGGACAGACGUUUUUUUGCAUGGAUCUUGAUGCUCCUUCCCCUGGUCAUCCUGGGUGUGGCAGAGACCACAGACCCUUUGACAGAUUUGGAAAAUAUAGCUGGGAAGUUGGUUUUCUAUCAGAUGGAGGGAAACGCCACCUAUGUGAGGGACACAGGAGAACUGGCUUCAGAUGUUCCCACUGAGACCAUGUUUGAACUCUUCGAUCCCCAAAAGAAUUUCAGCACAGCAAAGUUCACCUAUACAUGGGACUUAGGGAACGGAGAGGUGAUCCAGGGGACUGAGCCGGUGGUCCGCUAUCACUACUCAGAAUCAGGGAACUACACACUGCGGCUGAAAGUAGGAGCAAAAGUGACCAAAUAUGCACCUCUAAUUACUGACGUCUACUCCACGGAUGUCCAAGUGCUCGAUGCCAUUAAACACAUCAAGCUGAAUGGGCCUUCAGAUUAUGAGGUGUCUCAGAACACCAGUUUGGCUUUUCAUGUUGAUGGAAGUCCUCCCAUAUGGGUGUGCUGGCGUUUCCUGCCCAACUGUGUGCCGGACAUGAUUGGGGGCUGCACGCUGAUAGUGCUGUAUGAAAACACCCUGCGACUGAACCACACCUUCACCUCUACCGGCGUCCACUGCUUGGACAUUAGUGUCCGCAAUGACAUCAGCAAGCUGCAGACCUCCUUCAGCCUUUAUGUCAGGAGAAACAAUAACCCCCACAUGCUCUUCAUCCUGUCAUGUGCUGCCAUUCUUUUAGCAACCUUCUCCUUCAUCAUGGUCAUCGCCUGCCACCCUCGUCUUUACAACAGAUCACAGGUUGCUACUUCCAGCAACGCCAUAUUCCUGAAGAACCAGGACUAUGAAGGUCAAAGCACAAUUCUUUUUAACUUCUCCAACGUGGGGAGGGGAGAGAAGGAGCCACUCCUCCUGCAGUAUGGCAAUCAAUACUUGAGUUAAUUAUCACACUGCUCCUCCGCCUGCUCUCCGUCUGUGCUCCAGCAUGCUGUGGAUGCAUGCACGUGUAGGGUUUGUGGCAGACGAAAAAUGCACAAUUAUGGCGUUACAGGACAAUUCUCAUCUUGCAUGUCACCAUUUUAUAGAUUUUAAUGAAUCAAGUUGCAUAAGCAGUGCCUGUAUGUACUCAGGACUAUGGCCUAAGCUGUGUUAAUAAAUGCUAAAGACACCAAUGUUCAGUAAGCUGUUAGGUCACUUUCCAUAAAGUAGCGAUCAAUUAAUGAGCCACAGAGCUUAGGCUGACAUUAAAAUAAACUCAUAAUAAAUUAAUGGAACAAUUGCAGGUCAUGUUUAAACAAUGAGUGUUAAUUUACGCACGCUGUGAAUGGAUCGAGCCACUCAUUUAUUUAUGUUUCUUUUUCAUAUUGAUGUAUACAUUUGGGCCUUGCUUUGCUUUGCUUUCCAUAAAAAAAUAAAACAUGUUUUUCUUUU